AUGUCUGCGUCUGCUACGGUCGCCGGAACCGGCACGGCGAAGGCUGCCUCUGCUUCAGUCCCCGGAACCGGCAAGUCGAAGGCUGCUUCUGCUACGGUCGCCGGAACCACCAAGUCGAAGGCUGCUUCUGGUACGGUCGCCGGAACCACCAAGUCGACACCAUGUAACCCGCCUGCGGCAACCACCGGGCCCGCCGGCCAGUCAGGUGCGGGGAAGCAUGGGGAGGCCCGUGCGGCCCCUCCAGCUCCAGCAGCCCCUACUGCCGCCAAGGUCGACGCGAAGGCUGCUUCGGCACAGGGGCCACCCGGGAGUAACGCGCUUAGGGUGUUGCUCCACCGCAUGGAGUCCCACCGCCCGGGCGCGCAGCAGCAUCCUGUGGUCGACGCCGGCCUCGCAGAAACAACACUUCGCUCCGUCACUCCGCACGUUGCCGGCAAACCGUCCGAUGCCCAAUCUGCCGCGCGGCCGGUCGCCGCCCCACCGCCUGCGGACCCCAAGUCCGCGUUUCUUCGCGCCCAUAUAGGCGCACGCAAAGCGGCAGCUCCACCAGUCACUCAGCCGGAACCCGGCACAAGCGCGACGCCGACGGCUGUAAAUGCGACCGCACCCUCCCCAGGAGCAGCUGUGGUCGAUCUGGCGGCGGAGAGGGGAGUCAGUGCAGCGCUAGCCACCGGCGGCCGCGCCGACAGGCAUGCCGCCCUCGAAUCCGUCCUGGCCCAGUUUGAGGCAGCAAAACGGCCCGAGCAUGCCCCGGCACUGGCCAUCGUGGACACGGCGCAUGCGGAGCCGUCGGCGACCAACACAGGGGGUUCGGCGGAGCCGACGGCCGCAACGGGUGUUGUCGCCGAGGAAAAUGGGGGACGGAAGGGUAAGGACGACAUCGGGAAAGGGAAGGCGGUGUCGGCGGGGAAGGAGAUGGCGGAAGACAAAGGGAAGAAGCCGGCACGGAAGACGGGCGGCAAGGGUAAGUCGGCAAAGAAGAAGGAGGAGGAGGAGAAGGAGGAGGAGGAGGAGGAGGAGAAUCGGUACAUCGGCAAGUCCCGCGACAAGAUGGAGCUGGCCUACGAGCACGCGAUUGCGUACUUCGUCUACGACGGCUACGUGAGCAAGGUGCUCAUGAAGGAGCUCACCGCCUUGAAGCCGGGAGAGUUGGAUGAAUGGAAGGCGGUGUGGGAGGAGGUCAAAAUCCUGCCGACCGGGAUGUGGACGGUGAUGUGGGCCAGAGGCUUGUGCCAUCCGAGACCAAGGUUCGACGACAUACUCGGCAGGUUCCGUGGGUACGCAGGUUCGGGUGAUGCGCUUCAUGGCGUGCUCUGGCCGGCGAUGUGGUUCCCCAUCAUCGAGGACACGGAGGAAGGCAGGGCGGAGACAAAUGCCAACAUGUCGGCGAUGGUGAAUCGCGUGUCGAUGUGCGCGGCGUAUGGAAAGGUCGCGGCGAGAGUCGCGUAUGGGAAGGUCGACGGGAGCGCGGAGGCGACCGCGGGAGAGACGACGGAUAUGGAAGGCGCGGACAGGAAGGCGGACGAGAAGGUGCAGAUGGGGGCCCAGGCGUUAGCGGCCUCUGCAUGCGCCCUCUGGUGCUACAUGUCGACGCCGGCGUCGGUGCUCGGUGCUGUGGGCGAAGGUAAGGCGGCCGCGAUUCUGGCAGGUGCGGGGAAGGAGAGGGGCGAGCACUUCGCGAUGGUCAUGCACGUGGUUAUCGAACACGCACGCACUCGGCAGGCUCCCGCGGGGGAGGUUGCACAUAACGUCGCGCCAGAGCUGCAGCGCUAUGGAGUGGCCAGGGCCUUCGAGGCGGGCAUUGAGGAAGACGAGGCCGACAUGAUCGCAAGAGCGACGGUCGAGACCUUGGCGUUCUGGGGAAUGUGCCCCCUCGACGGGCCCAAGCUCAAAGCGGAGGGCAUCGAUGUGCCGUGUGACGCGAAGAUGGAGUACGACUUGGAUCACAGGGGGAGGAAGGGGGAGAAGGUCAAGCAGGCCAAGGGCAGCAAGAGGAAGAGGUAG